AUGGAGGAAGACGUUCCCGACGAGGCAGGCAGAGGUACCAUCAAAAGAGCACGGACAGCCAAAUCCGAGUGCGAAGUGGAUCCGAAAGAACAAGUAGCAGCCCUGCAAGAAGUGAUAAAAACGUUGAGGGCCAGUUUUCAAAAAGCCGAAGAUAAAAUGGCAAAGAAAGAUGAAGAAAACGAGCGACUAAGGGCCGAAAUCUCUCAACAAAGUGAAAAAAUCAAGAAGAUGUCAAGCCGGUGUGCAGUAUAUGGUUGUGCUGUUGACAAUAUGUGCAAGAGUUUUGUACCUGGUACAGCUUUUUAUAGCUUUCCGAAAGACAAGGAAAUGCAAGCAGUUUGGAAACAUUUGUGUAAACGUAAGGACAGUUUUAAUGUUAAGUUUGCUCGUGUUUGCUCUAAGCACUUUAUUGAAAGUGAUUAUGAACGUAAUUUAAAGCAUGAAUUGCUGGGGUAUACACCAGCAAAACAUCGUCCUUUAAAAAAAGACGCUGCUCCGUCAAUAAACUUACCUACUGCAACAAAUAAACAAAAACAGAAAGCGAAUUCUGCUGAUAGAACGAACCGCCAACAUAAAAGGCAACAAAAAAGACUUGUGGAUGAUCUAUUAAAUAGGUAGGUGAUAUUUAUUACAUUAAACUGAUAAAUAAUAAUAUCUAAUAAUCAUUUAAUUUACUAAAUAUUUGUUUUUGUAGGGCCGAAUCUUGCAAUAGUAAUAGAAAUAGUUCUGAUGACAGUCAGAAGGUUAGUGCCUCUUGUUUUAUGCCCGAGA